GAAUGGACGAGCAUUUCAUCUACAAAUAGCCUCCGCCGCCGCCUUCUUCACGUUGUUCCUCUGUGCACGAGGAAAGCAAGGGGAGGUGGAUCGAUGGUGUCGCUCAAGCUUCAGAAGCGGCUCUCCGCUAGUGUCCUCAAGUGCGGCAGGGGGAAGGUCUGGCUCGAUCCCAAUGAGGUCAGCGAGAUCUCCAUGGCCAAUUCCCGCCAAAAUAUUAGGAAGCUCGUGAAAGAUGGUUUUAUCAUAAGGAAGCCAACCAAAAUUCAUUCACGUUCUCGUGCAAGGAGGGCCUUAGAGGCAAAGAGAAAAGGCCGACACUCUGGAUACGGUAAGCGCAGGGGUACAAGGGAAGCAAGGCUUCCCACAAAGGUACUUUGGAUGCGCAGGAUGCGAGUCUUGAGGCGCUUGUUGAAAAAGUACCGUGAAUCCAAGAAGAUCGACAAGCACAUGUACCACGAUAUGUACAUGAAAGUAAAAGGUAAUGUAUUUAAGAACAAACGGGUCCUCAUGGAAACUAUCCACAAAUCUAAAGCCGAAAAGGCCAGAGAGAAGACUUUGGCAGAUCAAUUUGAAGCUAAGCGAGCCAAGAGCAAGGCUAGCAGAGAAAGGAAGAUUGCUAGGAGGGAGGAACGCCUUGCUCAGGGUCCUGCAGAUCGCCCCGCCGCUGCACCUCCUGUUGCCCAAACAGAAGCUCCCAAGAAAGCUAAGAAGUAGAGUAUCGGUGGUUGCAGAAUAGGUUCACGGGGACGACGUAGUUCCUUACCUGCUCUUCAAGCAGUAACAUGUCGGGAAAACACUGUUAGAUUUUUUUUUAUUUGCUUCGAAAAUCCAUGUUUUGCUUCGGUGGACUUGAAACCAAUUUCUAUUUUCUAAUGCUGGUAUUGAAUUUUGGUUGAUUGACUGUGUCCUGUGGUUGCAGCCUUUAUAUUUGUACUUCAUUAUAACAAAUGUUCUGCCUUUGUA